AUGCCCAAUAAAGUCAAAUUCAUGGCACUCGUGGACGACAUCACAGGGGAGGCCCGGACCAUUGGUGCUAUCAAUACCGUCUUCAGUCGGCUCGAUGCGCACGGAAAGCGAAGGAAAAUCGGCACGAACACGGAUUGUGUUGGCAUCUGUGAAACUCUUCGGUCUCGGUAUGCGAGUACUGACGAGAUUACAACAACAACAGGCCGGCCAGGACUCGUUGUCGGUGCCGAGGCGCCGCUCGUAGUGCAAUCUACGCUGUGGACUUGGCUGAAGCCGUCGGAGAUAUAUGUGGUGAACCGGUUGAAGGCGGAGGUACAAGGUCUCCUGUCAGAUUUCGAGAAGUCCAUGCCGGGGAUCAAGCUGCGGCAUGUCGAAACUCUUGAGCAGGCACGGAGUAUUCCGACGCCACGAGUUAUCACUGGAACUGUUCCCAGUGCGCAUCCUAAAGGCCCUGGGGAGGUUCUCGCAUGGGAUAUAUGUCAUGCGUUUCGUAAUCGCAGUGGUACUAUCGGUACCGUUUUGGAUAUGUGCUAUCCCCCCGUAAGAACGAGGCUAUUGAAAGUCGCUGAACGGUAUGGCUGGAAGAUAAUGGUUGGAACUGAGGUUCUGGUUCAAGUAGCUGCAGCGCAGAAUGCACUGUGGGUCGAGAAAGUACCUCCUGCGGCCGCUGUCGAGGAGGCUGUGAUGGCCCUGCAGGCGAGGACGAAGCUGUAA